AAAGAAAUAAUAUUUAUGCGCCUAUGUUCUUUCUUUUGCAGAACAAUGGUUCACUGGCUUGGUGCCAGAAUCACAAGCAAUGUUCAAAGUGCCUGGAGCCUUGCAAAGAAUCUUGGGAUUUGAAGAAAAACCACUGCCAAAGUUUCUGUGAGCCUCUUUUCCCCAAGAAGAACUAUGAAUGCUUAACUAGCUGUGAAUUCCUCAAGUACAUUCUGUCUGUGAAGCAAGGAGACUGUCCAGCACCUGAGAAGGCUAGUGGUUUUGCUGCUGCCUGUGUUGAAAGCUGUGAGGCUGACAAUGAAUGUUCUGGGGUGAAGAAAUGCUGCUCCAAUGGAUGUGGACAUACAUGCCAAAUACCAAAAAAUCUUUAUAAAGGUGUUCCACUAAAACCCAGGAAAGAAUUGAAAUUUACUGAACUUCAAUCUGGGGAUCUGGAGGUUAAAUGGUCUUCAAAAUUCAAUAUUUCAAUUGAGCCUGUAAUUUAUGUGGUACAAAGGAGAUGGAAUCAAGGAAUUCAUCCGAGUGAGGAUGAUGCUACUAGCUGGCUAACUGUGGCACAGACUACAGAUGAGAGAGUUCAACUGUCUGACAUAAGACCCAGCAGGUGGUACCAGUUUCGAGUGGCAGCCGUUAAUGUGCACGGGACAAGAGGCUUCACAGCACCCAGCAAGCACUUCCGCUCCUCUAAAGACCCAUCUGCUCCACCAGCCCCAUCUAAUAUCAGAAUUGAAAACAUCACUACAAACAGUGAUGGAAGUGUAAAUGUAAAGAUUGCUUGGGAUCUCCCAGAAGAGCCUGAUAUCCCAGUGCACCACUAUAAAGUCUUCUGGAGCUGGACAUAUAGCAAAUUUGUGAUCCCAGCUAAAAAGAAGAGAAGGAAGAUUACUGAUGGGCCCCAAAAUUAUGUGGUCCUGGAGGGACUCCAACCCAACAGCAACUACAACGUGGAACUGCAGGCAGUAACACGCUGGGGACAAAUACGGCUAAAAAGUGCUAAGGUUUCUCUUCAUUUCAGCACUACACAAGAGACCAUUAAUAAAGAACAGGUCUCUACAACAGGGAAAACCCAGAAGGGACUGACUGAUCCUCUUCCACCCUUUCAAAGGCGACGGCCCACCCGUUUUCUUAAAAUUGGAGCUCCUUUCUACCAGGACAAUCAGCUUCAGGUCAAAGUCUACUGGAAGAAGACAGACCCCAGCAUGAAUCAGUUCCAUGUCCACUGGUUACGGGAAUCCUGUGAACACAAUGAAACUAAAGGACUUGAAAAAGUAACUGAUUUGACCUACGAAAACUACAUAAUUCUUAAGGACCUGUCAUUUUUAUGCAAAUACAAAGUGACUGUUCAGCCCACAAAAUCUAAAGGCCGUUUCAAAGCUGAAAGUAUUUUCUUUACCACGCCACCUUGCUCUGUUCUUAAGGGAAAAAAUCACAAGCACAUUAGCUGCCCACCCGAAGGAGCACAAAUUCUUCCCAAAGUGUUAGCCAAACCGGAGAAUCUGUCUGCCUCUUUCAUUGUUCAGGAAGGUAACAUUACUGGUCACUUUUCCUGGAAGAUAUCAAAAGCAAAUCUUCAUCAGCCCAUGACAGGGUUUCAGGUCACUUGGGCAGAGGUCACUACAGAAAGCAGACAAAACAGUUUACCCAACAGCAUCAUUUCACAGUCACAAAUAUUGCCAUCAGAUCAUUAUGUGCUGACAGUGUCCAAUCUGAGGCCAUCGAUGCUUUACCGAUUAGAAGUGCAGGUACUAACAACAGGUGGGGAGGGACCAGCUACAAUAAAAUCAUUCCGAACGCCUGACUUGCCACCAUUUUCAUCCCAUAGGCCUCAUCUAAAACAACACCAUCCACAUCACUACAGACCACCUCCUGAAAAAUACUAGACUUUUACAGAUGAUUUAACAAACAUCAGAAAGAAACUGAGUUCACAGAAGAAGACCAGAAGAAUGCACAUCUGUACAGCAAUGAAUCCAUUCUUUUUCAUUGGAAGUUCCCAUCUUAUAUGAUCUGUAGCUAUUUUUACAUAGUUUAGGCAUGAAGAAUUGUAUAUGUACCAAUGGCAGGGUGAAA